GAGUAAAAAUAACCUAAUCUCUUUUGAAAAGAGAAGAUAGCCGAUGCCGAGCGAGGGCGAGAGGAAAGAACAAGUGCUGAACAGCAAAAUUAGUGCGACAUUCAAUCAUUGAAGGCACUAACGGAAUAAUCAUAUUGAUUGUUUGUGCAUUUCGUGGCUGGAGAAAACAUUCUGUUUGCUAUAUCAACUAGUAUCUCAAUGACCGCUUUGCGGUGUUGUUUUCCAUUGCAAGUGCAUGGUUACUUGCACAGCUUUUGACUUCAAGCACUGUAUAUAACAAGAAGUCAGAAAGUACACAGACUACUCUCCUAAUUGGCUUAUUAUCUUGGACAAUUGGUACCAUAUAUCUUUGUAGCUCCUGAGUUGUGGGAAAAGAGUAUUUGUAUCCACCUUAAACUCAGUCGACAGUUGCAUUAUCGUUUUAGAGAAGAUGCUGCGGAGGGCAUUAUUGGCCAAAUUUAUUCAGAACCCCUCCACUGUUUCUCUUUUUCGAUUCAAUCAACAGAGAGAAUUGCAUAGCAGGAACAAGAAAGCCUUGGAGUUCAUUGCAAAAGGAUGGAGUGCUUUGAAGGAGGUUGAUAGAGUCAUCGAUUAUUGCGAGCUUAAUGAUAAGCGCCUCAUCCCUCUCCUUAGGACAGCCAAGGAGAAUUUUGAGCUUGCUUUGGAAGCUGACAACUCCAAUACCCAUGCUAGGUAUUGGUUGUCCAGAUUGCAUAUGAAAUACCAUGUUCCAGGAGCUAAUAAAGCUGUAGGGGCAGCAUUAUUGGUAGAAGCAGCUGAAAUGGGUGAUCCUGAUGCACAGUAUGCGUUGGGUUGUCAUUUAAGAGUUGAGAAUGACUAUGUCCAAUCAGAUCAACAAGCUUUUUAUUAUUUGGAGAAAGCUGUAGACCAGUUGCAUCCAGGUGCUCUUUACCUUUUGGGUGCUGUAUAUUUGACUGGCGACUGUGUGAAGAAAGAUAUUGCUUCAGCAUUGUGGUGUUUCCAUAGGGCAUCAGAGAAGGGCCAUGCUGGGGCAGCUAUAGCUUAUGGAUCUCUUAUUCUUAAAGGUGUCGAGAUUCCAGAAUCAAUAAUAAAAUUCAAUUUGAAGAGAGGCACGGCAGCUCAUAGACGAGGGAAGAAUAAAGGAAGUCUUGCAAUUGAUCCAGUAGAGAUGGCAAGAGAAAAAUUUCAGAUAGCGGCAAAAGCAGGAUGUGACCUUGGAUUCAAAUGGCUUGCAAGGUUAGAGGAGGAAGAGAAGCGGCUACUCACGGAUGGAUAUUGAGAUAAAAUAAAUAAGUCUAGUGUUUGUUUUUUGGUCACAGAAUCAAUUUGAUCUGUGUGAUUUAUCUUCUCUAAGUUGUGGAUUUUGAUCAUUGAUGGGAAAAAAAAAUCGAUAGUGUGGAGUUUAAUUAAUGUAUAGUUUGUUAUGCAUAUAUAUGUUUUUAUAAU